AUGGCGUCAGAUUUUGGCAUCGAAUCUGAUUGUGCUUACAUCGAAAAUCAACGCGUCGAUCAGCCUUAUUACAUUUGUAGUAUUAAAGAAUUUCAUAUGACAAAGCAAUGCUUACAAGUAACAGUUCAAUGGUACUACCGCUCUUCGGAAGUCCCCCACUCAGUUUAUCACACGUUAAGGCAAGAUCGUGAUGCAGAUAAUGGAGGAACAGAUGGUCUCCAUCGUGUUCUAAAUGAACUUUCUGUUAAGCAAAGGGAAUUAUUUUCUUCAAAUACCAAGGAUAUGUUCCCUGCCUCGGCGUUAAGAGGAAAAUGUGAUGUAGAACAAAUGCCAGAUGUAAAUAGUCUUCGUGACAUGGUAUCCAAGCCAGAUACAUUUUUCUAUAUAUAUGGUUAUAAUCCAGAAACUAGACGUUUAGCCAAUACACAAGGGGAAAUUCGUAUAGGACCAAGCCAUCAGGUUGCAUUGCCAGAGUUAAGACCUAUAUCUUCGAUUGAUUCUUAUGAUGAUAACACCUAUGAGACUAAGGUUUGGGCACCACCAGAUGAAGAAGAAGAUAUCGAUAGCUACCUAGAGGCUGCAAAAAGCUUAGUUACUGGUUAUGCAGGUUUAGCGCAGGGUAAAACCGAGGAUAGCGAUUAUCUGAUAUCGGACUGUGUCGUGCAAUAUAACGCAUUAAUGAAGAAACGCUUCGUCAAAGGAUUAAGACUAUACGGCAAAAAUUUUCAUCGAAUACGUAAAGAGCUGUUUUCUGAGAAAGACACGGGUGAUUUGAUAGAAUUUUACUAUCACUGGAAGAAAACAAAGGGCGCAACUAAUGCCAAAGCCUAUCGAAAACAUCGUCGUAAUAUUAGACGUCAGCGAGCGCCGCGCGCUACAAAGAUUAGAAAUAAUAAAUCUGAACUUCCUGAUCUUGGUUCUGCUAGUGAAGAUGGUUUGACUGGUGAAGAAGGCGAUAGAGAUCGUCGCUUGUAUUGUUGUCGACAUUGUUAUUCUACUACAUCACGCAGUUGGCACCAUUCCGGUGUUGAUAAGCAGUUACUUUGUGAUGAUUGUAGAAUAUACUUUAAAAAGUAUGGAGAAAUGAAAUCAAUUCCUGAUUCUGUUGAGCCGCCGGCUCAAUUACUAAAAUUAUACGAAAGAGAAAAGGAAAAAGAAAAAGAAAAAAGAAAGAAGGAUGAGAUGGAAGUAAAACGCAGAAGGCCGCGAAAAGUUGAUAAUGGGAAUAAUCGGCAUAGUAGUCGCUUCACGCGUAAUAGAUCUUCACCAAGCAAUAGUGAUUCAUCAUCAGUUGAUAAUGGUGUACAUCGCCAAGAUGUUACUGGAUCUAAUGCUAUUGCAUGUAGCCCUUCCAGUAGUAAUGGAUCGCUCGUCGAACAAAAACCGAAGAGAAGAGGAAGAGUUCCAACUAAGACUACGAGCACCAAACGUGCUGCUAAUAAGUCGAUUGAUAACAGACGACGUAAACGAUCGAAAAAGAAGGUGCAAAGCCAGAAAUCUGUUAGUAGCGAUAGCGAUACUGACGAUAACUCAAGCACAAGCAGUACGAAUACUACUGAAGAACCUAUUAACGGAAACGCGCAAAGAACAAAUAGAAACAGUAGUAAAGAUCAAGAAAGCAUUCAUGUUAGUACAUCAGCGCGAUUUGUUAAGCGUCUUCAUCAUAUGAAAGGAACAAUAGGAUCAGCUCGCACAGAUUUAUCUUUCACGCCAUUGAAACAAAUGGAAAUAAAGGGGACAAGUGCAACAUCGACACCGACUACAUCAACCACUACGACUAGUGCAAUAGCUGUAAAGCAAGAUAAGAAGUCUAGGCCUGAAAUGGAGAAAAGCGAUGAAAAAAGAGUACCUGUAUCUGAGGGAUCGACUCCAACAAAAUCUGCCUUCAAGCCGCAAGAUGUUUCGGCUGAUCGUGAAGAAAGUAAUACCGUUCGCAAUGCCAUUCAGGAAAGAAAUUUACCAUCAGUACAUAAUGUUGCUGCUAAUCGAUUUACGCAGUACGGUAAUGUAAAUCCAACUAACAAUUAUUAUAUGCAUGGUCAUAAUAUGGCGGCGAAUACUUUGCCAUCAUUGCCAAAUAUUCAUAAUGGAAAUGGCUUACUUCAAUUUCAAAAUCCGCUAAUGGCAAGCAAUGAAUGCCAUUCCGGAAUGCUCCACGGUAAUCCUCUUCAACAUCAGCAUCAUCAUGUUGAUCCGUCAUCUCUAGCGAUGCACCCUAUUCAUCAAUAUGGCAUGCCCGCAUUACAUAGUCAACUUGGCCCAACUGGUAUUCACCCGAUUGAGAAUAAUUUCAUGUCUCCGUUACUAAAUGGUUCUUAUAUUCCACCUGAAGUAUUAUCAAAUUUAGCAAUGGGUAAUAUACCAUCGAAUGCUUUUAGUAUGAACCCUGAAUUGCAACGUAUGAUGCAAUUUUACAGCCAAGAAGGUUUGCGUCAAACCUUAUCACGCAACAUGAUUGACCAAGUGGCAUACGAGUGGACACGAUCAGGUAAUGCUGCAGCGGCAGCAGCUUCGGCAGCGGCGUCAGGUCAACCACCAGUUCCGGCAUGGUUUACCGCACCACCAAUGCUAUUUAAUGAUCAUCAUCAAGGUGUAUUUCCACCAGGUGGAUUUUAG